AUGGCGGGUGGGACUGUCUUUUCCGCUGCUUCCAAUCUAACCACUUUGCUUCCCAACCAAACACCACCUUCCACCUCUCAGCCUCUCGAUUCUCUUUUCCAAUCUUCGUCUUCCUCUUUUCUGGGUUCAAGAUCUAUAUUGAGCUUUGGAGAUGUUCAAGGGGGGAAGGGGUGCAACGAGUCGCUCUUCCUAUCCUAUGAUGAGAAUGGGGAUGAGGACAUGGACGAGUACUUUUAUCAGCCUGAGAAAAAACGCAGGCUUUCCGUGGAGCAAGUGCAGUUUCUUGAGAAGAGCUUUGAUGAGGAGAAUAAGCUCGAACCCGAGAGGAAGAUUCGGCUAGCUAAGGAACUCGGGUUGCAGCCGCGGCAGGUGGCGAUUUGGUUUCAGAACCGCCGGGCGCGGUGGAAGACCAAGCAGAUGGAGAAGGAUUAUGAUUCCCUGCAGGCUUGCUAUAAUGACCUCAAGGCCAACUAUGAUGAUCUUCUCAGGGAAAAGGAUAAACUCAAAGCUGAGGUAGCAAGGCUCACUGAAAAGGUGCUUGGAAGAGAGAAACCCGAGGAGGGGAACUUUGAACAGGCUGAAACCAAGGGAUUGCAGGAGCCGCUGCAGAAGUCAAUGAUUGAUUCAGCUUCUGAGGGUGAAGGAUCCAAAGUGUCCAUUGGGGCUUGUAAACAGGAAGACACUAGUUCAGCCAAGAGUGACAUGUUUGAUUCAUCAGAAAGCCCACAUUACACUGAUGGAGUGCACUCUGCACUCCUUGAGACUGGUGACUCUUCUUAUGUAUUUGAACCUGAUCACUCUGAUGUGUCUCAGGAUGAAGAAGAUAACCUGAGAAAGACCCUUUUGCCUCAUUACAUCUUUCCCAAACUUGAAGAUGUUGGUUACUCCGACCCACCACAUAGUUCAUGCCAUUUUGGAAUUCCGGAGGAAGAUCAAGCCAUCUGGUCUUGGUCUUACUGA